AUGGGGUUAGGGUUGGAGACUUGGAGGCGCCAUGGGGUUAGGGUUGGAGGCCUUUGCGAGGAUUCAUCGCGAGUGGAGAAGUCAGUUCCGCAGUUUGCACUGUUGACGACGUUCCUCCGCAAUUUGUGUUAUGCCGCUCUCGCUGCGCUGCCACCACCGCCGCUGCCGCCGCCGUUCCUCCAUUCCUCUGCUUCGUGCCUUUGCCGCCGUCCCUUACUCUUCCAAAGAUAUGAAGGUGGCCACCAUGCUUGUGGAUCCUGCUGGAUUGUCAAGCUUACUACCUCUGCCUUGAAAAUUAUGUUGCUUAAGAGAUUGGACUUUCCAGAAAUGAAGUUCAGCUUAUACUUAUGGGCUAUGAGCUUCCUUGCUGCUCUGCUGGUGAAGGAUCUUGUGUUUCAAAUGGAGCAUGUGAAGAUUGCACAACAGGAUAUCCUUAAAUGGUGCAACGGAAUUGUAGAGAUUCUUAGCACAAUGAGAGCAGUCCAAGGCGCACUAAUAAUAGCAUCAUGCAUACAAAUAAUUUUGGGAUUUAGUCAAAUAUGGGCCAUUUGUUCCAGGUUUUUCAGUCGACUUGGAUACAAAUACUAUUCUGAUUCUGAAUCAUUUGUGUUAGGUUGGGAGCUGGGUCGAAAUUGGAAUUCCCAUGCUAAUACUGUUUAUAGCCUUAUCUCAAGUACAAUUUAAAAGUAGG